AAAAACGGGGCUAACAAAAGUUGUUUGUGUAAAAACAUUUCAUUUUACACAUAUGUACGCUUUUUCUACACAACAGUAAACCGCGCGGUUCGAUGGCCCGCUACUUUCGAACCGGGUUCGAACCGGGUGCGAACCAAGUUCGAAGCGAACGCUCCAAAGUCUAUAAUAGCAGCCCGUCGGCAGCGAGCGUUGUUAGUGUUAGUUUUGCGCGCGCGUCGUUCGCAGAACGUGGAAGAGAGAAUACCGUCGACGUGUUUUUUACUGUCGAUCGAAUGAAUUCGAUUAGGAACCGAAAUUCUUUACGUAAUAGUACUACUAUACUAUAGUUCAAUAUAGUUUUACCGCCACUGGGAUUAUAAUAACUAUUUUUUUUUGCUGUGAGUGCGCGUGAAUACGAGGAAAACUAAGAGGAAAACUGGAAAAUACGCAGACUACCUGUUGAUCCGCAGAUCUCUACGGAUUUAGUGCGUGUGUGUGUUUUUUUGUUGUUUUAUUGUUCAUCCGUUUGCCAAAGGUCGCGGGCUGAAAAACCAAACACUUUCGCCGUGCCCAGUGCACGUGCAUCCAAUAUAUUUGGAAAAUAUUUCGAAAAUAUUUUGAAAAUAUUUGGAAAAUAUAACGCAACCAACAAACACAAAAGAUGGUGGAGCUACGGUUGCCAAGCUUCUGGCUAAGAUUGGAUCUAUGGAUGCUGGUGAUCCUGCAACAUGCCAUCAUUAGCCACACCUUCAACCUGGAACAGCGGUUGCCCAUCGUGAAGUACGGACACCGACACUCGCACUUCGGCUACUCGGUGGCCACCCACACGAUUGGUGAGGCCAAUGGGCCCAACAAGACCAAUUGUGUCUUGGUGGGAGCCCCACUGGAUCAAAAUCGACAGCCGAACACCACACACUCUGGCGCCCUCUGGCGGUGUCCAAUGACCCAACGUUUCGAUGACUGCGAACAAGUGAUCACCGAUGGCAGGCGAUCAAACGGAGCAUAUGAGAUUAAUAAGCCCUUCGACAGCGAAAUCCUCUCGCCGCCCGGCAACGACGAAAUCAAGGAGGACCAAUGGAUGGGCGUUACAGUGCGAUCGAAUCCCCUGCAGGCCAACGGAUCCGGCGGAAAGGUGAUUGUCUGCGCCCAUCGCUACAUGUACAUCGUGCGUGAGAACCGUUACGGCCAGGGUCUCUGCUAUCUCCUCACGAACGAUCUGCAGUUCGAGGAGGUCCACGAGCCCUGCAAAGGACGACCCGUGCAAAGGCAACACGAGGAUUAUGGACUGUGCCAGGCGGGCACCUCGGCUGCCCUGCUGGACGAUGACACCAUGGUGCUGGGUUCCCCGGGACCGUACACGUGGCGCGGAUCCAUUUGGGUGACCCAGGUGGGCGGGGAGUAUCUGCAGCGCGACAAGACGACCUACUACAGUGAUCACACGGACUCCAAUUCGCCGGUGGACAAGUACAGCUACCUGGGCAUGUCGGUGACCGGUGGCAGAUUCUUUGGCCACAUGUCGUAUGCGGCUGGUGCGCCACGAUCCGAGGGUCAUGGACAGGUGGUGAUCUUCGACAAGUCCACCGAUAAUCCAAUGCCGGUGCACUCGAUCCUAGAUGGCGAGCAAUUCGGCUCUAGUUUUGGCUAUGAACUGACCACCGCCGAUAUAAACGGAGAUCACAGGCCGGAUCUGAUAGUGGCAGCGCCGCUGUACUUCACCAAAACGGAGGGUGGAGCUGUGUACGUGUACCAGAACAACCAGGACACGUUGCCCACGAAGUACACACUCAAGUUGACGGGACCUCUCGAGAGUCGUUUCGGCCUGGCACUGGCCAACAUCGGAGAUCUGAACAAGGAUAACUGCGAGGACCUGGCCGUGGGUGCACCAUACGAGGGCAAUGGCGUGGUCUACAUCUACUUGGGUUCGAGGCAGGGUCUGAAUUCCAAGCCCGCCCAGAAGAUCCUGGCCUCGGAGCUGGGUGGCACCGUGCCCAAUGGUCAACCGAUUCGCACCUUUGGCAUCUCCAUAUCCGGCAACACCGACUUGGAUGAUAACUCCUAUCCGGAUGUGGUUAUCGGGGCGUUCAACUCCUCGGCAGCCGUGAUCCUGCUGGCCAGACCCAUCAUCAGCAUCCAGACGAGUGUGCAGCGCGAGGAGCUGCGCAACAUGGAUCCCAAUAAGCCCGGCUGCCUGGCCGAUCCGGCCAGCAAUCUCACCUGUUUCACGUUCCGAGCAUGUUGCAGCAUCGAUCCGUACGAUGAGAAGAACAAGGAACUCCGGUUGGCAUAUAGCGUCGAGGCGGAAACCUUCGAUCACCUAAAGAAAUUCUCUCGGGUCUUCUUCUUCGAUCGCGACAAUAAGCGGACGAAUGUGCGCAGUCGCGUGGUGAAGGUGCACACGGACGGACGGACAGAAUGCCAGGCGGUCACGGGUUACAUCAAGUCCAAUACCCGGGAUAUCCAGACACCUGUGCGCUUCCGAUUGAAGUACUCGCUGGAGGAACCGCCACUGGCCGAGUCCGCAUUGGUGCGCCUCAAUCCGAUAUUGGAUCAGACGCAGGCGCACGUCGAUUUCGAGGGCACCUUCCAGAAGGACUGUGGCGAUGACGAUCUCUGCGAGAGCAACCUGGUCAUCCGGGCGGAGCCAAACAUUACUAUUGUAUCAGGCAACCAAUACACACUGACUCUGGAUGAGACAGAACUGGAGGUGCGCAUCAAUGUCAGCAAUCUGGCGGAUUCCGCUUACGAAGCUCAGCUCUUCAUCGCCCAUCAGGCGGGCGUUUCAUAUGUGGCCACCAAGAAGCCGACGAAUGCCACUUGCAACAGCUACAAUACCACGCUGGUGGCAUGCAGCCUUGGUAAUCCCAUGCUGCGCGACACCACCACAUUUGUGACCAUCCGAUUCCAGCCCAAAGGAUUGGAGCCCAGUGAGAAGAGCAUGCUAUUCCACAUAUUCGCAAAUACCACCUCCAAGCUGGUGGGACGCGAGCUGCCCGAGCGGGAUCUCCUCGUGAAUGUGGUGCGUGAGGCGAGGCUCAGUGUCCGCGGCUGGGCCAAACCCGAGCAGAGUUUCUACAGUGGAUCGAGUGGGGCCAAUUCGGUUGCAACUACUGUCGCCACCGAGACGGAGGGACAUGGUCCCAUGGGUAUGGACGAUGUGGGCUCCCAGGUUCAGCACAUGUUCACCAUCUACAAUGAGGGACCAUCGACGGCGCCGAAAGUACAAAUGGUCAUCCACUGGCCGUACUCACUGUACAGUGAUCCACAGAGCGGUCGACCGGUUCAGUAUCUGCUCUAUCUGGAGCAAGUACCCACGGUGGAAGUCAGCCAGGGCGAAUGCCAUGUGGCCAAGGAAUAUGUUAAUCCGUUGAAUUUGGCCAGCGGUUCCAGGGAAAAUUCAGCUUCCUUCAGUGCUCCGGCCCAGUUGCAAAUGUUCCCCCCGCACCCGCGUCAUUCGUUCAACAAGAGCUCGAUCCAGUCGCAGAGAAGCUACUUCUCCAGCAGCCACCGGGAUGAGCAUUCGGAUGACUCGCAGUCAAGCCGCAAUCGAGUCCGUCGUAGUUUCCUGGAACGGGUGACCCGCCUGGAGCGGUUAAUGUACGAUUCCGAGAGUAGCAAUGCGGCGGGUUCGAAUGGCAAGAAGCAGGACAUCGUGGAGCUGGACUGCAACAAGGGCGCGACGAACUGCGUCCGCAUCGAGUGCGAUAUUCUAAAUAUGCCCGCCGCUUCCGAGGCCCAGGUGGUGGUCAUAGCGCGGCUGUGGAACUCGACGCUGGUCAGUGAAUAUCCACGGGUGGAAAGGGUCAGGAUUUUCUCGACAGCCACGGCCCAAAUACCCGAGAGCUAUGGCGUCAAUGUGACGGAUUACAAUAACAUAGAGGUGGAGACGCGGGCCUAUCCGGAGUUAAGGAACCAACAGCGCGACACAUCGAUACCCUGGCUGAUUAUCAUCCUGGGCAUCGUGGGCGGACUGCUCCUCCUGGCGCUGGUCACCUAUGUGCUGUGGAAGGUUGGCUUCUUCAAGCGCAUCCGACCCACCGAUCCGACGUUAAGCGGCAAUCUCGAGAAGAUGAACGAGGAGAAGCCCUUCCUGGCGCCAUCAAAGAAUACGCAUCACGUUUUCUAACAAGAGGGCACCGUCGGCUGGGAUUUGGUGCGCCGUCGGAGGCGUCGACGUCGUCUAAAGCUGCGACUUCCGGUUUCCGCUCAGCCACGACAUGGCUGGCGGAAAACUACGGUCAAGUCCAAUAACAAUAAUAAUAACCAGAACAACAACAACAGCAGCAGCAGCAACGACAGCGAUGUGGACGUACUUUCGCUGACACCACCGCCGCCACCUCUUAGCAUCCUCAGCUGGGGAAACGAUGGCUAUUACCAAGCCAGCGCCGCCUGGUGGGGUCACCACAUGUGAUCGAAUCGUGGGUCACCGUGGAUCAAGUGGGUCAUGUGGGUUGUGGUUCAAUGUGCCAUUUCGUUUACUUAAUACACAAGGCUAAGUUCAGUUCUGUGGAUGCGAUCAGAUGGAAUUGAUAGCCGGGAUUCCGUCACUGGCAUCAGCUAAAUAUAAAUUCCAUUUUAAACCUAAUUUCCCCAAAAAAAUAUAAUGAGACAAAACCCCCCUCGAAAUGGUGCUUUUAAAACAUCUGCAACUAACGAAGAAAUGCUAAACACUUAGGACCUCCUGAAACCUUUAAAAUGUAAGCACCUAGCACUUUAUAUUUAGCUGAUGUCAGUACAGAGCUUAGGUCUAAAGAGUUAGCUAAGCCCAAAACGUUGAUAAUCUUUGUGAAAAGUGUUAUUGUCAAAUAUAGAUUUAAGCCUUAGUUAGGCUAUGUUGUAGAGAACGACGAGAAUUCCGAAUAUAGAUUACAUACUAAAUCACUGCCAAUAACCUCGAAAUCGAACCGAAAUUCCAAUUUACUGGACACGACAUAAAAACAAAAGAAAAUAUAUAAAUGCAAGAAAUCGAAAGUAUUAGCACAAACUUAAUGCAUAACUAUAAAUAAUGCACGUAACUGAAUUUAGCAUACACCGACCAGAUUAUUCAUAUUUUGUUUGUUUUCCGUCAACUAAUUUAAGUGAUAGUUUUCGAAAUUGUGCAAAACACUACAGAUGUUAGUUUUUGAUUGUAUGUAUGUACGUGUGGGGUCGAGUUUUAGUUAAAUUAGUUGUAAAUAUAAAUUCAAUAGUACUAGCUGUAAAUAGUAAUUAUGUUCUUUAUCUAUUUAAUAUACGAUUCCUUUUUUUUACA